UCAUGGCGGCCCCCUGUGCCCCGGUAGGUGUCAUGGCGGGCGCAGGAACCGGAAGAGCCCGGCCUCACGUGACGCCCCCUCUUCCGGGUGCGGGCGGUGGGAGCGCCCGGUGGUGGCGGGGAGGGCACUGGGAGAACUGGGGAGAACUGGGCGGGAACUGGAGGGGAACUGGGAGCACAAGGAGCUCGGGGGGUGCCCAGGAAAGGGCACUAGGGGCCCACAGGGGGUACAGGAAUAACUGGGGGGGGCUGUUCCCACAGGAUGCUGUCGCGGGGCCGGCGGCUCCUGCGCUCCUGGAAAUCCCUGUUCACGGGGAGGCUCCUGCUCCUCACCAACACCCUGAGCUGCGGGGGCCUCCUGGCAGCUGGAGAUUCCCUGCAGCAGGAAUGGCACCGCCGGAGGCACCCGGAGAGCCAACACCAGCUGGGCCGAACUGGUCGGAUGUUUGCCGUUGGCUGCAGCAUGGGCCCCUUGAUGCACUACUGGUACCUCUGGCUGGACUCGGCGUUCCCGGCCCGGGGCGUGCGGAGCCUCCGGACGGUCCUGAAGAAGGUCCUCAUCGACCAGCUCGUGGCAUCGCCCGGCCUGGGCGCCUGGUACUUCCUGGGCAUCGGCACCCUGGAAGGUCAGUCUCUGGAGGAGAGCUGGGAUGAGCUCAAGGAGAAAUUCUGGGAGCUUUACAAGGCCGACUGGUGCGUGUGGCCGGCGGCUCAGCUCCUCAACUUCCUCUUCGUCCCUCCCACCUACCGGGUGGUUUAUGUCAACGUGGUCACCCUGGGCUGGGACACCUACCUGUCCUACCUCAAAUACAGGCCUAGAGCCACCCCAAGCCCCAAGCAGGACUCUCCUCAGGAGGAGCAGCAGCGCAGUGCCAGGGCGUAGAGAGGUGGAUGUGGCGCUUCCAGAGGCUCCUGCCUGCAGCAAAUGGCAUUUUUUGGGGGGGCACUGUGGCCCCUGGGGAUUGAUCAACCCAAGGGGAGCGAUGGCUGGAGACCACCAAGGCCAGACACCCCCCCCCAGCCACGUGCCUCUUGCUGAUUAACUCAUCUGCUAAUUAGGAUGGGUUGGGGUUGUGUUGGUAACAAUCUCCUGUUGCAGGAUGACCUGUAAAGUGAUUUCUUCUGGGAUUUACCCCUGGAGCCGGGGUGAGGAGCUGCUGCAGCCCCCAGGAAGGGCUCUGGUGCUUUCCCUGGCUGCUCCAGGCUGGAUUUGUUCCCUCCCUCCAGAGCAAACUUGCUCCUUUCCAACCUCCUCAGAUCCACUCCAGCCACUCAGAUCCUCACUAAUUCAUCAGGAAGGAAUUCUUCCCUGGGAGGGUGGGGAGGCCCUGGCACAGGGUGCCCAGGGAAGCUGUGGCUGCCCCUGGAAGUGUCCAAGGCCAGGU